AUGGAUCAAUACUUCCGAGCCAUGGGCAUCAAGAACGAUAUUGAAAAGGUAAACAUUGCUUCUGUUUACUUAACGAGUUUAGCACUCUUAUGGUGGCGACGAACCGAUGAGGAAGAAGAAGAAGUUGAGACUCUUAAACUUGGAUCCAUCAUCAGUACCAUAGAAGUCAAGAAGGGUCAAAAGAAAAAAGGACUAAUGUUCGUGGACAUCUCCAUAAAGGGGAAAAAACUAAGUGCACUUGUGGACACCGGUGCCUCAGAACUAUUCAUGCCCGACCAAGUCGCAAGUAGACUCACCCUUCAAAUAGAUUUGGCGAAUGGCUUCAUCAAAACCGUGAAUGCUAAAAAAGCUCCAAUCACAGAAAUCUCCAAAGGAGUUGAACUCAACAUAGGAAGCUGUACCGAUUAUCGAGCCCUAAACAAGUUCACCGUGAAGAACAAGUAUCCAAUCCCCCUUAUUGCAGACUUGUUUGAUCAACUUGGCGAUGCAAGGUGGUUCACCAAGAUAAAUCUGAGGUCAAGAUAUUACCAAGGUAGAAUUGCUGAAUGA